CAAAAAUUAUGGCGCACAUCUCGAUUACGUAAAUAAAAAUCUUAAGUGAUAAUAAAAGUCCAACUUAUUUUUUUUACUACUACUUGUAGUGGUUAUUAGUUAGUAUUGAAUGAAAUAUCGUGUUGUGAAUAUUAUAAUAAUUAAACAUUGAAAAUGCCUAUUAAUGGUGCCGAGCUAUUAAAUGCGUUGGAAAUUCUAGCAAGAGAUAGAAAUUUACGUGUAACUGUGCAAGAAUCUUUAAAAGGUGGUUUAUUAACUGGGGUAUUUGCCACAAUUGGAGGCAUUGUUGGAGGUCCUGUAGGACUUGCUGCAGGAGGGAUAAUUGGAGCCAUUGGAGCUGGAAUUUCAGGCAAAAAUAAAUACAAAUCUGUAGUAUUGAUUCUUAAUGAAAUGUCCGAUGAUCAAAAACAAGAGUUAGUUGAUUCUGUAUACGAAGCUUUGAGAAAUGUUGGACCAGAAGAUAUCGUGACCGUAGUUCCUCUUUUAAUGGCCUCAUCUAAUCUACAAACAGUUGCCUUAAAUGCAUUAACACAAUAUGUGCAAAGUAAUAUGGGAAUGCAAGUUGUCAUAUAAAUUAGUAUUGUAAGUUUGAAAUUUAAAGACUGAUUUAUUAGUGAAGUCCAAAAAUUUGAAUAAAAAGAUAAAUUACAAUGUUUGUCAAAGGUCAAAGUUAAUACAUUUACAUAUUACAUAUCAACAAAUGACAGAUUAUAGUUUAUUACAUAUAAAAAUUUAAUUAUAAUCUGUGGAACAAAUUUAAUCUAAGUAGCUUAAUUAAUGAAAGUUUUUAUGAACUAAAAACCAAGUGAUUUAAACCAAAAAAGAAUGUUUUUAAAGCAGGCUUUAUACAUUGCAUUGUCAAUUAAUUCACACUUAUGUGGGAUUUUUAUCGUAAACU